CCGGCUCCAGUCCGUCGGCGACGCCGUCUCCGUGUGGCGCGGUUCGCCCGGGACACUGGGACUCGGGCCGGGAACCCGUCUCCGCUUCGGCCUGGCCCUCAUUCCUCGGACUGAGAUACUGAGGGUUCUUGCGAAGCGCCGUCGGUUCUUAACCGGCCAAGUUCUACGCGAUUUCUGGAAAGCGCUGCUCCACGGACUCCUGGAGCAUUAAUCACAUGAGAUUAUCGUCUUCGUUUGCUCCAGAGUUAACAGCCUGUCGAUUCCCACCAGAAUGUAAGCCCCUCGCGAGCGGGGACCCGGCCUCUUUCAUUGUUUCACCCAGAGUUUUAGCAUCCCCAGGUUCUCAACCUACCUCCAGGGACCCUAACGCGCCUCGCUAGGCUGCAUAAUUUUCCAUUGUAUGGAUAUACCACGCUUUCUUUAUCCAGAUGUAAACAAGGCCUGUCUGAUAAGGAUCAGGGCUGCAAAGAAGACAAAUACAGUGAUGUGGUAAGAGAGGUGACUGGGGAGCUCCUUUGGAGUGGAAGGUCAAGGACAACUUUGAAGAAGAAGUGACCUUUGAAGUGACAUCUGAAUGAUGAGAAGAAGCCAAGUGCACACAGUUUUGGGUGCUGAGCAUUCCAGGUGGAGGGAACUGUUCAUUCCACGGGCCCCCAGACAGAGUUGUUCGAACCCCGAAGAAGAAAGUAUCCUCUUCUCUAACCGUGCAGCCUGCCACUUGAAGGAUGGCAACUGCAGGGACUGCAUCAAAGACUGCACUUCAGCACUGGCCCUGAUGCCCUUCAGCAUGAAGCCCCUGCUGCGGCGGGCAUCGGCCUACGAGGCCCUGGAGAAGUACCCUCUGGCCUAUGUGGACUACAGGACCGUGCUGCAGAUUGAUGACCGUGUGGCGUCGGCCCUGGACGGCAUCAGCCGAAUGACCAGAGCUCUCGUGGACUCGCUGGGGCCCGAGUGGCGCCUGAAGCUGCCCGCUGUCCCCUUGGUGCCUGUCACAGCUCAGAAGAGGUGGGAUUCCGUGCCUUUGGAGUACCACAAAGAGAAGGCUAAGAGAAAAUUCAGAGAAACCACAACUUCCAAGGGCAGAGUGUCUUCUGCUGGGGAUGUGGAGAGAGCCAGAGUUCUGAAGGAAGAAGGCAAUGAGCUUGUAAAGAAGGGAAACCAUAAGAAAGCUAUUGAGAAGUACAGUGAAAGCCUCUCCUUUAGUGACAUGGAGUCCGCCACAUACAGCAACAGAGCACUCUGCCAUCUGGCCCUGAAGCAGUACAAGGAAGCGGUGAGGGACUGCACGGAGGCCCUCCGGCGGGAUGGAAAGAACGUGAAGGCGUUGUACAGACGAGCGCAAGCCUACAAGGCACUCAAGGUAAAGAGCCUGACCGAAAGGCGCCAGCUGAGACGCCUGUGCCUGUGGUGGCCCCACGCCCCCAGGGCAGCCCCCGCGGUGGCUCAGGGCAGGCCUGCAGGCUGGGGUUCGAGACCCUGUGGGCCUUGGCAGCCCCAGCCCACCUCCGUCAGGUCUCCGUCCUCAGCCCCUUCUCUCUCCUCUCAGGACUACAAAUCCAGCUUGGCAGACAUCAGCAGUCUCCUGCAGCUUGAGCCCAGGAACGGCCCUGCCCGGAGGCUGCAGCAGGAAGUUAAGCAGAGUUUAAACUAAAGACCCAGAAGGUUAGCGGGAAGCCUCUGCCCAAGCUCCCUCCUCUGUGCCUGCUCCUGGGACCCAGCAUGCCCCCGAGCGAGCUCUGAGGCCACUCAGACGUGCUGGCUUCCCACCCCUUAAGAGGCUUUGCUUUGUUCAGAAUUAAGCUCAGAGUAGUAAAAAGAAAAAACAAAACAAAAAACCCCCAGAUGGUGUUCUGCUGGAACGGUCCCCACUGCCGCCUGCCCUGGACAGCUAGCAGAGCACUUGGCUCCGACCCUGCCCCAAGCAUGCUCCCCACGGCUGCCCUCCUAGCUUCCCCAGACCCAUCUCACUGUGGUUCAUCUGAGCAAAGUGAGCGCGGGGGUCGGGAGGUGGGGAGGGGUAAACUAGAGCCCAAAGCAGCCUGUUGAGCUGGUUCUCCAGGGCUGCCAUCCCCGCCCUGUCCGUCCCAGAGCUCCUGGUGUUCUGAGCUCCAGUGCCUUUUGGCUGGGCCCUCCUCUGGCAGGGAUACAGAAUCCUGACCCGCAGGUGGCCUUGUCUGUAGCUCUGGGCUGCUACCCCCUCCUGCGGGGAGGUGCCUGAGCGGUUUUAAGAGUCCGGAGGUGUGGCCGCUCCUAAAGGUGGGAUGGAGAGAAAAGGCCUUGAAGUCUGUGUCCUUCCACUCUGGGCAGGGACCAUCUUUUGACCUCAACAGUGGCCCCCUCCAAGCUUCUUGGUUCUUUGUCACGCGAAGUUAAUUUGAACUAAAUGGACUGAUUUUGUUGAACUGUGUAUCCAAGCUAUUGCAUUAAACAUCUUUCUG